CUGCCCGCGCGCCGCCGGCGAUGGGCGCCUCGGGUCCCGCGUGCGCCGCGCGCGAGCCGCCCGCGCUGGAGCCGCGCGCGCCGUCCCUGCUGCGGCACGUGCGGCUGGAGAACCUGGCGGCGGGAAUGAGCGGCGGCGUCCUGUCCACCCUGGCGCUGCACCCGCUCGACCUCGUCAAGAUCCGCUUCGCAGUAAGUGAUGGAUUGGAGCUGAGGCCAAAAUACAAUGGGAUUCUCCACUGCAUGACCACUGUCUGGAAGCAUGAAGGACUACGAGGCUUAUAUCAGGGGGUAACUCCAAACAUGGUGGGAGCAGGGGCUUCCUGGGGACUUUACUUUUUCUUUUACAAUGCCAUCAAAGCUUACAAGAAGGAAGGAAAGAUGGAAAGUCUCAGUGCAACCGAACACCUAGUGUCAGCUGCAGAGGCUGGAGCCAUGACUCUCUGUAUUACAAACCCAAUAUGGGUAACGAAGACACGACUGGUGCUGCAAUACAACGCUGGCGUUGAUCCAUCAAAGCGGCAAUACAGAGGAAUGGUUGAUGCUCUUAUAAAGAUAUACAAGACAGAGGGCAUUCGUGGCUUGUAUAAGGGAUUUGUGCCUGGUCUAUUUGGAACUUCACAUGGAGCACUUCAGUUCAUGGCAUAUGAGGAUUUGAAAGAGAGAUACAACAAGUAUAGAAACAGAGUAUCAGAUACAAAAUUGAACACUGUGGAAUACAUAAUGAUGGCAGCUGUAUCCAAAAUAUUUGCUGUGUCAGCAACAUACCCCUAUCAAGUUGUGCGAGCUCGUCUUCAAGAUCAGCAUAACACGUAUUCUGGUGUGUUUGAUGUGAUCCGCAGGACAUGGAGGAAAGAAGGAAUUCAUGGAUUUUACAAAGGAAUUAUCCCCAAUGUGAUCAGAGUGACUCCUGCCUGCUGUAUUACCUUUGUAGUUUAUGAAAAUGUGUCUGGCUUUUUACUUGGUUUUAGAAAAGAAAAUAAUUAAAAGUACAAACUUGUGUUCAUAAGGAAUCUAUCCAUUAUUUUUUAUAUUUAUGAUCUGGGAAAAACUUAGUUCAGCAGUCUUUUUUGACACUGAAUUGAUCUAGUAUUUUGAGGAAAGAAUAUAGAGACAGUAAAACCCUGCCAGCAUCUCUCCUGUUGAACGUUCCUGUGUUGCUGCUUUCCUCUCUAUCAGCUGUGUCUGCUUGAAACAGAUGUCUGCAACUGUGAAAAAAUAGCACUGUGACUGGGUGAAGGCAGCUGUGCAGCAACUCAGUUCAUCCUGGCCUGCCUGGAAUAACCGACUAAGCUGUUUCAACAAGUCUCGAGAUAACAGUUGGUCAGAUUCUACUCCUGCAUAAGUGGAAAACUUCAUGUAAAAGCAACUCUGGUGCCUGAGUCUCAUGAAAGAACGAGCAAUGUCUUCUGAAUCCACCUCUGUGUUACUUGUCAGAUUUUAGGAUAUGGAAUGCUCCAGAUUCUGUUGCUCAUCCAACACAAAAAUUCUGCCUCAGUGGGGUGCAGUUUGGAAACCAAUAUUGUUUUUUAAGACAGCUGUCCAUUCUUGGGUUUGAAUAAUUGCCAAUCUGAUGCAACCCAGUUCUUGUCUCAUACCAGGACAGACUUGCGUUGCGGGUUUUGACUUGGUUUUAGCACCAGACCAAAAUGUAUGUUGUGUGUAUUGCUCACCACUUACUUAAUUCAUUUUCUCUCUCUUCCCUUCUCUCUGCAUCUCUGUCUCUCUAUACCAGAGUCUGUCUCCAUUACUGAUACAUCUGACCAAAUAUUACUAAGCAAAUAUAUAUUUGAAAGUGGGCUUACAUUUUAAAAAUGAGGAUUUUUUUCUAGUAAUCCAUAGUGAUGCAGCGUUCAAACCACUGUAAAUAACAAAUAUGACCAUGCUUAUUUCCAGUAAUAUUAUCUGGAAAAGAAGUCUGUAACUAGUCUAAAAAAAUCUGGUGCACGGGACUUUCUUUUAAAAAAGCAGAAUGAUCCUUUAAUGCCUUCUGAUUAGCUUAAGGAAAGGACUGUUAAGAAUGUAUUGAUUGGUAAUUUAGUCAUAAGUUAAAUUACAGUACCUCUCAUUAAAUUUGUAUAGUAAUGAUGGUUGGUUGCUUGCCAGUAAUUGCUGUCAAGGAUAUGUACUUUUUGGAAGUCUAGGUUUGCUGGUUUGGGGUUUUUGUAGUUCUUUAAGAAAAUACAUUACUGACCAUAAUAUCUGCCUUCUGCUGUUAGUAAGAAGAUAUUAAGAAAUAUCUAGAAAGUAUCACUUAACUAUGAAAUAAAUUAGCAAAGAUUAUUGAACAGGUAGGGGGAAAUUAAUCCGUUACAUAACGAGCAGAAUAAUCCUUCAUAGUCACUUAAAGAAGUUUCCUGUUUACCAGACUAAUUUAAAGCAGAAAGAAGGGUUUUUAAUAAAAAUUUAACAGAUUAGGGAAUUGGUUUCAUUUUUAAGUUAAAAUCUGGAAAACUACAGAAACUACUGAGUAUUUUAAAUCUAAAUUCAGCAACCCACUUGCUUGUUUCUGUUGAUACUAUUGCCACAUACCACAUUUUUUGUGUAACUAACUUUAUUAAUAAUUUCCACUUUUUCUUCCACAUUCCCAUCCUCUCUACUGAUACAGUUGAUAAUCUCAUCUGGGGUCAUUAUGGCUGGAUUUGGUUUUUAUUACUGAAGGUUCCAUGUGUAUUUAGCUAAACAUAAAUUUACUGGAAGUUUACCAUGCAAAUUACUAUGUAAAUCCAUAACAGCUACUAACUUCUGCCUUUGGAGGGUGUUUACUUGGGUUUGUGUGUUUUCUGGUACACAGAAUGAAUUUAAUGGAAUGCUGAAUUAACUCUGCCAGCCAGGGUCCAAAAAUAUUGUGAAGACAUGAAAAAAAAUCGUAAAGACAAGAAUAAAACCUAUGCACGUACUACCCUGGAUCAGUGUGCUCUAGGCCCAAAACAGCUUACUCAUACCUGCAAACACAGGCUGCAAGCAUGUGCACAAUCAGUUACUGUAUGUUAACUGACUUUCUGUAAAUUCACUCCAUAGCUCAGCUCAUAGUACCUUGUUUGUGUUCAGGUACCUUAAAACCCAUCGUCCAAUCCAAUGAAAACAGUACAGCCCUUCAGAGGCAGAAUACCAGCUCUGUAACUUGCUGGCUUGCAGCAAAUCCCACACAUAAACUUGCAGUUGGGAAAGCCCAGUGCUCCCCUUGCUGCAGGUGUGCUCCUCUGGCAUCCCCCACAAAAGAUCCAGGCAAGAGCUACCAAUCUGAGAGAUGCCUGGAGAAUCUCUUACAGCUUUUUCAGAAAAGAAGCUUGAAUUUAAUCCUAAAUAGCUGAAAUAAAAUAAUUAUUUCAGAUUUAAUGUUUUUUUCCUUUUAAUUUUUGGGAAGACUGUAGAUUUCUGCAUGUUGUACAUGCUUUUCUUGGGGUUUUUUAUUUCAUUAAUGUAAAAUUGAUUUUGUAAUACAAACAUGACUAUUGUUUCUCUUUAGAACAUGUACAAUUUUUAAAAAAUUUGAGUAUAUCACUUGCAGAAUUUGGAAGAAAAUACUUAAAACACUGCAGCUAAUGCUCUACCAGCAUGAUAGGUGUUGUCACUCACUUGUAAACAGCUGUGACAUUGUUUCACUUUACCACUACCCUUUCUGAAGGCCAAGGCAUUUCAACUAGCCUUUUUUCUGUAUCUUCCAUACUAUUUAAUAUAUCUAGCUUUUAAUUAAUACCGAAGUGAUUCUAUGUAUCUGAAAGGCUAAAUCCAGGAAAAUUAUUUUAUUGGAGCAAUGAAAUCAAGUUUUAUAACUGUAAAAUUAUUUAAUGUCUUCAUCCCAAUAAUGGAGACCAGUCACAGAUGUUUAUACUGAAAUCUGGUCUAUCAAGAAGCAAAAGAGGAAAGGAGAGCUUAGAUGGUCUAUUUUUACUUCGUUAUUCAGAACAAGGUAUUUAACGCUUACCACAUCAUCUAGGUCACAGUUACGUCACCAGGAGUUUGUUGAGACAAGACUGUAACAGCAGAUCAUGUUACUCUACAGUCAGGUUUGGAGAAAUAGUUGUUAUGUGUGUUUUCUGAAGGCUAAAGCUAAGACUUGAAUUUACUUUCUUAGAACUUUAAAGUCUUCUAAAAAAAUUGUGUACCAUAACACCAUGUAAAAUACCUCAAGCAGAUUAAUGUUCAAUAAAAUAGCCUGGAUUAUUUUU